CUGAGUUAGUUUCAUUCGUCCUCGGAACUCCUUGUGGAAGGCACUGUCUGUUUCUGAAGCUCUGUACAUGUACACCUGUGGAUAUCAUCAGUGGUGAUUGUUGGACAGAUCUUUCUGUAUCGUGCAGUGGAAUGUUCUCUAUAAAUACAACUUUUUUUAACGAAUUAUUGACGUGACAAAUUUGGUCAAAUUAAUCAUUUUUUUUAUUUUGGAAAACUUGUUUCCAAUGUUAAACCGGCUUGUUUCGUGAUCGUAGGACCAUUCCAUUGAGAGUAUGCCUGAAUGGAACACGGAACUUGGUGCUACUUUGUGCUACUCUGUUGUGCAAACCCUUUAUACUCAAGUUCAUUGGUCUGAAUACACAGCCUACAAUGUUUAUUGGAGACCCUCUCACCCUGAAACAGCAAGUCUUACAUUAUAUGCUAGUCUUGUGUGGAAGACCCACUUGUUGAUUAAAGUUUCAAUCAGGGUCUGUGGUUGCAGACUACAUGUAGCUUCGUGCAUGGACAAACUGUUUCUUGGAAGGAAAAACUGAGCUCUUCCUCACUAUUGGGACAAAUUCUAUUGAAGAAAAUUUAAUUUGAUUGGAAUAUGAGCAAACAACUACAUGUACAUGUACCUUGAUAAUAUCAAUGUCAGAGCCGACUGAAUGAUUGCUUGUUUGUGUUGCGUGUCUCGUGAAUUUCUGCUUUUGAAUUACAAGUAUUGACUCGACUAAUGCAAGUCUAGAGGGUACUUGUGUCAAUAUUUACUCUCAUAAACUUGGGAUUGGCACUAAUUAUAUCUCUUCAGCAAUGCCCUCGAUGCCAGUCAACUGAAAGAGAAAGAUUAACUAGUUUGCAAUCAGCACUUGAGGAAAACAAAUUUGAUCACACUUUCUAGUCGCCAAUGAUGAAAACUAUUACGGUAUACUACAUGUUUGUGAUUUGAAAUCGGGAAACAUUUUAUGAAACAAGUAGUCCGUAAUUUCCACUGUCAGUUGUUAUAAGCUACAGAAAUCGUGUCAUCCGAUUGGCUCAUCUCAAAUUUGUCAGUGAAAAUAAAUGAUAAAUUGCUUUUAUGAAACACUCUUUAGUUGAUUCUCUGAGGACUGGUAUUCUGUGGAACUGAUUCAUUGUAAUAAACCAAACUGGAUGAAAUUUUUUUAUACAAAUUUUCUUAUACAACGGGAAGAAACGGUGACAGUCCCACACUUUCAACAAAAUAGAAAUAAAUCAAUAUGGCUACUUCGUCUCCUGAAGCUGAUGAGACCGAACCCACAACGCAUAGUCUUGAUGGGUCAGACAUGGACGAGCUCUCGUCAAAAAGCAUCGGGAUGGAAAAGAUUCCUCCUCUUAGUGCAAGCGAACUGGAGGAGCUCCUGAAAAGCAACUGGAGUAAACUCGUCAAGAAUCUAGAGGUGGAGCGGAUCUUACCAAGUUUCCAGGAUGCAUAUCUCCUUGAUGUCACGGACAGGGAAAGAAUUACUAAUGCUUCCAGGUAUCCGACAUCAGUAGAAAGAGCUGGUAUUUUCCUGGACACACUGUCACGCAGAGGUGAUAAAGCCGUAAAGCUCCUCUUCAGCCAAGUUGAAGAGCAUUAUCCGGAAUUGUACAAGGAAAUAACGGGAAGAGAGCCCAAGAUCACCAGACAGAGACUGAAGACAAUCAUGGGACAGAGGGCAUUUCUCACACCGGCCCUGACGCUGACCAUCCUGACGCAGCUGGCGGAGAUGCUGGAGGUGAAGGAGAAGCAGGAGAAAGAACUGGAGCGCACCAAGAAAGACGUCGAAGUUCAGAGACUGGACAUUGAGAAACUCACCCACACCAGGAAUGUGCUUCAGAGGAAGAACAAAGCACUCCGAGUGAAGAAGGAAGAGAGAGAUAAGAUGGAAGCAGAAUUAGCCCAGAGGACUACAAUGCUGAAGGAUGUCCAGAAUAAGCUCCUGAAGUUCCAGAGAGAAGCAGACAAAGCCAAACAUCAUGCAAGAAUGGCAACUUUCAAGAACUUUCAUUUGGAGUAUGAACUGAGGGAGACACAGAACAGGAGGAACAUUGAACGACGUCAAACCCGGAACCUUCAGAGGAGUGUCAAGAACCACGAGAAAUUGUUGUCAGAACACAACAUCACGUAUACCUUUGAUCCCAAAAAGGUGGAGGAGCUUCAACGUGAACUUGAAAAGAUUGAUGACUUUAGACGGUCUGUCGCAGUAAGCGACGAAGUGUGCGAAAUAUCGGAGCGAGUCAAGAGUCAACUCGCUGAAGUGAGGCAAACGAACAAAGGUCUUAACUUGAAGGUGCGGAGAAAGCAAGAAGAAAAUGAACGGCUGAGAGGAGAAAUUGAUUUACUGAAGCAGGAACGAACGAUGAUGAGAGAGACGAUGAAGAUGAACCGCCUGCAUCUUGAGAUGUCUCAGAAAGAACUGGAGAUCGUUAGCCAGGAGAGGGCAAAGUUGAACCAAGCCUAUGAGGAGGUAUUAAAGGACCUGUCCCAAUCGUUCCUCAACACCACAUCCCUACAGCGCAGUGUCAACAAGCUACGACUAGACUAUGCUGAUCUCUCUGAAAGGGUUAUUAAUAAUAAUGAUGGGUCAAUGGAUACAUCUGGAGUAUUUACACACGGUGAUGCAGAUGAUGAACUUGGAGAUGACGAUGAUGAUGUUUUGCUCGAUGCACUGCUAGACAGUGCUUCGAGUGGAGUAGAUGAAAAGAUAGUCCCUAUGCCUCGACCGAGAGUGACGAGAAUGGUCUCCAACACCAGUCGAGGAUGCAAGCUAGAGCAGAUGAAGACAUUGUCCGAGUCUUUUGACAAGGCGUCGUCAGCAUCGUCGCCCUCCCGCACGAUGACCAGCAGCUCUUCAACGACGACUGGAGAUGAUUCUGCCUCUGCUUCGCUCAAGAUCGGUCGCAUCUCGAGGUUCCCCAGCUACAGUUUCCUCGGGAGCAGCGAUGAUGACGGUGACGAUGAAGACGAUUACGAUGAAGAUAUGGCGCGCAGCAAGAGCAGGUUGGAGGAAGAAUUUGAAGUUGUAGACCAGCCAUUUUCAAUGCGUUCCAGGCCGGCUACCCGCCAUGUACGUGCCAUGCAAGAUCGCCGUCGUUCCCGAUCGCUCAGCCGACUGGAAGACUACGAGAGCAUGGAGUUCUUGAACUCACCAGGUUGUUACAGGUAUGCACAACCAGGCAGCAAAGAUUCACCGCCAGCCAAAGCUCUCUCGCGGGAGAGUUCCGGCAAAGGUCAAAGGUCAAUUAACCGUGUUGAAUCUUGGCUUCUUGUCUCGAACCCCAAAGCGUCCGUUCCAAAGUUAAGGGUCCCGCCCAUGCAGGCUGAAGAGAACGCUCAGAGUCCAGGACCCGACCCCGAAGGCUGCAUGCAGGAAUGCAUCCAGCCUUCGGAGCAGUGGCUAGGUCCUCCAUUAGAACCUAUCAAACAAGAAGAGCCGCUGCUCAGUAAACGCAUCAAAAACCUCUCUGGGUUCUUGGUAAUGAACCGGGGAUCCUACAGAUUUGGGGUGCAUAGAAAGGGUGGCCAAAAAGUAGUUAAACAUAAAGAAAAACCGGGAUGAAUGAAGGCUCUAAUUUAACAAACAAAAGUGCAAUAACAAUGUAAAUAUCAAUCCUCUUUUAAAUGCUCUGUACAUGUCAUUGAAUGCAUUGUGCUGGUGCAUUGUCGGUUUUUAAAAUACUUUUUUUUUAUAUUAUACAAGUAUUUUUCAGAUUAUCAUCAAAUGAAAAUAGAUCUUGGACCUAUUUCUUGUAGAAAUUUGUGCAAUUAUUAAAUCUUGGGAAUCUUUAUUCCCAGACUCUUCUCUUCUAAAAAAAUAGGCAUAGAAUAGCAUAGAUUCUUUUUAGAAUUGUAGAAUGACUGUUUAAGGAGAAUGAAACAAUCAGAAAAAACAAUAGUAAUAAAAACAGAAAAUAAUGCAACUUAGAAAAAAUUCAGUUAAUAUCAUCUACGAAAUGGCAAAGUUAUGGAAGUUUUGAAAGCCUUACUUCAUAUGGCAGUCCUCAAUGUGGCAAUGUUGCUUCAAAAUGGUAGGUAAAGUAGCUCAACACUCAGUUUGUACAUUAAUUUGUAUGAUUUCUUCUGUAGAUGUUGCUUUUAAAUAAUUUUCCCAAUGAUAUCUUAAUAACUUCAGCAGUGGAUACUAAAAAAAGGUGUAAAAUGUGUAUGAAAAAGUGUGACUCCAAAUCCUUUCACAAUUUAAGCAUUCAUUGCCAAUUUGAGGAGUGCUAUGGAACGUGAAUUGACUUUUCAAUCCUUUUCAACUUCGUCAUUAAUAACCGAUUUUGAUGGAAUUUUUGUUUUUGUCUCACCUGCAUAGCAGAGUGAGACUAUAGGCUCAGAUUUU